CCCCCCCCCCCCCUGCUCUCCCUGGCCAUUUCGGCUCUGGCCGGACCAGUUUCCUGGACGAUAGAGGGAGGAGCCUGGCAUUUCUGGAAGUCGGAGAAACAGCCAGUCAAAGCCAGCCAGCAUCUGAGCCAGCGCAAGAACUGGAGCAACGGUGGACGAAGGAAGCUGUGUUGGAAUAUAAUUCCUAUAUUCUCCGGCGCAGACGGUGUAUGCAGCGGAGCCGUCGUGGACAUGAAGCUCUCCCAUUUGGGCUCGGGAAGCUGAAGCAUAUUGCAGCCCGGCCACAUUCGGUUUUUCGGUGGGAUAAGCCAUCUGUGAUACACUGGGUGUGCACAGCGCAAUAACGGCGCGAGCCAACCGGUGAUUCCAUCGACAGCUAGCUCGCAUUAAACCAGCUAACCGACCAUUUUCGAGAGCCCCCGUUAGCUUGCGGUGAAGACAGCAUCUUUGGUCGGUGCGGGGAAAGUGUCCGUGGAUGCUGCUGGGGGAGUCCUGUACCAGACGAUACCCACCAGUAAGAUACAAACCCGAGGCAUGCAAAGAGGGGUGUUUUUUUGCAAACGAGCGAGGAAAUCUCCACGCCCUGGGGUCUGCUCAGUGGUUACUGUUUAGCUAGCUCGCUGGCUAGCCAGCCUACCAGGAGAGUAGCUCGGGAGAAGGUGGGGCCGCGGAGUGACAGUCUUGGACGCCAGCUAAUGUGGCUAGCCGGCUAACUUGGACUCUGAGUGGCCGCUGUUAUUCCUCUCUUUGACAUUUUGCGGGGUUUAAAUUACUGGGAGUGUGUAGGCUGACACAACAGUAGCCCCAUUCAGCGAGAAAAUACGUUGUCAUUGAUUCCUUCCUAGCCCGUGUGGGUGGGAUAUCUGGUGGAGAGCAUCCUCGUCUACCCGAAUGACCAUGGCGGACGACGACGUGCUGUUCGAGGAUGUCUACGAAUUGUGCGAGGUGAUUGGGAAGGGUCCCUUCAGCGUGGUGAGGCGCUGCAUCAACAGGGACACCGGCCAGCAGUUUGCAGUAAAGAUCGUCGAUGUGGCCAGUUUCACCUCCAGCCCUGGUCUCAGCACAGAAGAUCUGAAGCGAGAGGCCAGUAUCUGCCACAUGCUGAAACACCCCCACAUCGUGGAGCUGCUGGAGACCUACAGCUCUGAUGGCAUGCUCUACAUGGUCUUUGAAUUCAUGGAUGGAGCAGACCUUUGUUUCGAAAUUGUGAAGAGGGCUGAUGCUGGGUUUGUCUACAGUGAAGCAGUGGCCAGUCACUACAUGAGGCAGAUUUUGGAGGCCCUUCGGUACUGCCACGAUAACAAUGUGAUUCAUCGCGAUGUAAAGCCUCAUUGUGUACUGUUGGCCUCAAAGGAGAACUCUGCUCCAGUGAAGCUGGGAGGUUUUGGAGUGGCGAUACAGCUGGGAGAGUCUGGUUUAGUAGCUGGAGGUCGAGUCGGUACUCCUCACUUCAUGGCCCCAGAGGUAGUCAAGAGGGAGCCGUAUGGCAAACCGGUUGACGUGUGGGGAUGUGGCGUCAUCCUCUUCAUCCUCCUGUCUGGCUGCCUUCCUUUCUAUGGUACCAAGGAGCGCUUGUUCGAGGCCAUCAUUAAGGGGAAAUACAAGGUAAUGAAUCCCCGCCAGUGGGCCCACAUCUCAGAGAGCGCCAAGGAUCUGGUGAGACGCAUGCUGAUGCUGGACCCUGCUGAGAGAAUCACUGUCUACGAGGCCCUGAACCACCCCUGGCUGAAGGAGAGGGACAGGUAUGCCUACAAGAUCCACCUGCCCGAAACGGUCGAACAGCUGAGGAAGUUUAACGCCAGGAGGAAGCUGAAGGGUGCAGUGCUGGCUGCUGUUUCCAGCCACAAGUUCAAUUCCUACUAUGGUGACCCUCCAGAAGAACUCCAUGAUUUCUCAGAUGACCCCACUUCCUCAGGACUGCUAGCUGCUGAAACAGGGGCAGUGUCACAGGUUUUGGACAGUCUAGAAGAGAUUCAUGCGUUGACAGACUGCAGUGAGAAAGACAUGGAUUUCCUGCACAGCGUCUUCCAGGAUCAGCAUCUCCACACCUUGUUAGAUCUUUAUGACAAAAUCAACACCAGGUCGUCCCCGCAGAUCAGAAAUCCUCCUAGUGAUGGAGUGCAGAGAGCCAAAGAGGUACUGGAAACCAUCUCCUGUUACCCAGAGAACAUGGAGGCCAAGGAGCUCAGGAGGAUCCUCACACAGCCACACUUCAUGGCUCUACUGCAGACCCAUGAUGUGGUGGCCCACGAGGUCUACAGCGACGAGGCUUUGAGGGUGACCCCCCCACCUACUUCCCCAUACCUGAACGGAGACUCCCCAGACAGCACCAACGGAGACAUGGAUCUGGAGAAUGUCACCAGGGUCCGCCUGGUCCAGUUCCAGAAGAACACAGAUGAGCCCAUGGGCAUUACUCUGAAAAUGAACGACCUCAAUCACUGUAUUGUGGCACGCAUCAUGCAUGGCGGAAUGAUUCAUCGACAAGGGACUCUGCAUGUAGGAGAUGAGAUCCGAGAGAUUAAUGGCAUCAGUGUUGCUAACCAGACAGUAGAGCAGCUCCAGAAGAUGCUGAGGGAGAUGAGAGGUAGCAUCACCUUCAAGAUUGUACCCAGUUACCGAUCCCAGUCGAUGUCGUGUGAGAAAGAGUCACCAGAUCUGUCUCGACAGUCGCCUGCAAAUGGUCACGCUAGUGUCACCAGCUCCAUCCUGGACCUGCCGUCGACGAUCCAGCCCAAAGGCCGUCAGAUCUCCAGACCUGCUAUCAAGGACAAAUUGUCCAUCAAGAUCUACGUACGCGCCCAAUUUGAGUACGAUCCGGCAAAAGACGACCUCAUCCCUUGUAAGGAGGCAGGAAUUCGCUUCCGGGUGGGUGACAUAAUUCAGAUCAUCUCCAAGGACGACCACAACUGGUGGCAGGGAAAGCUGGAGAACACCAAAAACGGCACAGCAGGCCUCAUCCCAUCACCUGAGCUGCAGGAGUGGCGUGUGGCAUGUAUAGCAAUGGAGAAGACCAAGCAGGAACAGCAGGCCAGUUGUACCUGGUUUGGCAAGAAGAAGAAACAGUACAAAGACAAAUACCUGGCCAAGCACAAUGCAGUGUUUGACCAACUAGAUCUGGUGACGUAUGAGGAAGUGGUCAAACUGCCGUCAUUCAAGAGGAAAACGCUGGUUUUGCUUGGUGCACAUGGAGUUGGUCGGAGGCACAUCAAGAACACACUCAUUACCAAACAUCCUGACCGCUUUGCCUACCCAAUCCCUCACACAACCCGGCCUCCUAAGAAGGACGAGGAGAACGGAAAGAACUACUACUUUGUCUCUCAUGACCAGAUGAUGCAGGACAUCAGCAACAAUGACUACCUGGAGUAUGGCAGCCAUGAAGACGCCAUGUACGGGACCAGGCUGGAGACUAUCAGGCAGAUCCAUGCCCAGGGCAUGAUCUCCAUCCUGGAUGUGGAGCCACAGGUAACGAACAAGGCACUCAAGAUCCUCAGGACUGCCGAGUUCGCUCCCUAUGUUGUUUUCAUUGCAGCUCCCACCAUCACCCCUGGCAUGACUGAGGUCCCAAAGUGGUGCAGGAAACUGCCUGAUGACUCUCUUCAGCGACUCCAGAAAGAAUCAGAGAUGCUUCAGCGGACCUACGCUCACUACUUUGACCAGACCAUCAUCAACAACGAGAUUGAUGACACCAUCCGCCUGCUGGAGGAGGCUGUAGACCUGGUGUCCACCACUCCUCAGUGGGUCCCCGUCUCCUGGGUCUACUGACACACAAUCAACGGCAAUUAGCUCGUCACUCUGAACGAUCCAUCUCCAGUUCAUCACAGAAUCUAAACUUUGUCGAACCACCUCGAGUCACGUCUCUCAUCAGAAUCACAUUUCUGUAGAUAAACUGUUGUUGAAAAAGAGGGAAAUGAAGAAACUUAAUGACUGACGCCUCAUCACAGAGACUUCAUCUUUCCCCCCGACCCCCUUUUUUUCAACAGCCUCAAAGGCAUAUUGUUGUGUACAUAUAUACAUAUAUAUAUAAAAAUGAUAAAAAACUAAGUGAAUAUGGUUCUGUCCUCAUAUAGUUGAAGGGUGGGGAGUGGUGGGGCAGUGUAGUAGAAAUUUUGUACUUUUCUUUUGUAAUUGAUGGAUGGAUGGUAAUAUUGGAAAGGCAAUAGCGAGCAUGACCAUAAAGCAGUCUUAUGGGGGUGCCUGUGUGUGUGUUGACCUUUGAGGCACUUCUCGUGGUACUCUGUGUCCUCCUCUCCCACCUCCCCUACUCUCCUCGGCCCCUGUGUCCAACAGGCCGAACCUUGAAGCACAUUAGAAGCUGCUACAGUGGCGACAAGUAACUCCCUCAGCUCCAAAUGCAAGUUUGAGUGAAGCAAAAAGCACAGGAAACUUGGCAGUUUCUUUCUCCCUCGUCCACCCUCGGCCCUUUUAUUUAUUUCACCGGCCCUCUGUGGCUUUCAGUUUGUUGAAGGAGCACACUGCAUCCCUCUUCGUCUUCUCUCCCCUUUGUUGCUAUAGCCUGCUGUUCUAUGCUUCCCUCCCCAACCUUCGGUGGUCUUUGUUUACAUCUCAGUUUGCACAAAAUGGACAAUGAAGAAAACAUGUACUGCAUUUUGUCAGCUCAGUUUUCAUUAUGUCUUGCCUACUCUCUCUGGCUGUCUUUACCCCUCUCCCUUGUACACAAAUUGCUAAUCAGUGGUCAAAAAACCUGGAACGUUGUUUCUGGGACACUUAUCAAGCUAUGAAAAAGCACUGACAUCCACCACUAAACAUGGCUCCUGAACUGGAAGACAAGGAAAAAAAAGAAUAGAAAAUAUAAAUGGAAAGGAGAAAAACUGCCUUAUCAGAGCCUCGGGGGAAGAAGUCGGUAACACCUAUGCACACCCCUGGUUCCUGCCAGGCAGACCGCCACGACAACAAUUUUCUUCUUUCCUAACACUCCGAUAGUGAGCCAUGCUUGUUGAAAAUGAAGUGUUCAUAGGAAUGUUUGUGUGGAUGGGUAGGGCCUCAUGUAGGUGGGAUAAAUCCAAUCCUAGAGCCACCAUUUUGGAACUGUUAACUGUUGUCUUUAAAAAUAUAUGGAGUAUUCUUGUUUUGGGGGAAAGAAAAAUAACAAAAUUUUGUGUGUAAAUGUUUCAAUGGUGCGUACGUCAUAUGAGUGAAUUACCAAGAGCCAGUGUAUAUUAACCCUAAAAAGAAGCUCAGUAUGUGACAUAACCUCUUCAUGCUUUACCAAAAGUGGCACAACGCUCUCCCACCUACAGCAACUCAGUACGUACGGCGCAUCAGUCUGAAGGCUUGAGAAAAUAAAAUCAAAAAAGUAAAUAUUUUAAACUGUGGUGCGGUUGCCGUUUUUCCACUUUGAGUAAAGCAUUUUCAUUUCAAGUCCUGUGUAAAUUACCUCUGCAAAUGACAAAAGCAGCUCUUCUGUAUGAAAUGUUGUUCUUUUUUGUUAUUUCAUUUUUAAAAAGAAUAUAUUUCCUUUUACGUGUUUAAAGUAAA